AUGAGUGAUACGGAGUAUGAUUCUGAUGAGCCGUCGACAAGCGCAGGGGCAGCAAGACCUAAGCUGCUUACCUCAGAAGAGUAUCGGGCCAUGUGGAAUUUGCGCAAACUUGGGGACAGGCUUAGCACCGUUGCGGAAUGUAUUGCAUUUUCUGAGGAGAACGGCCUGCUUUUGCGUAGCAAACUAUGCUCGACGCAUAGGACGCCAAUAAAGAAGCGAUCGCAAUGGUGUAAAGAAGAAGUCGAAAUUCUUCUGGAUUUGUGGGAGGAGAAGUUGCCGCAACUUCGAGGCUGCAAACGAAACUCCCAUGUAUAUGCGGGCAUGGCAGUGGAAAUGGCCACAAGAGGCUUUUUAUUUUCCGCAAACGAAAUUAAAGUCAAUAUACACAAUUUGACCAAUAAAUAUAGAGAUGAGAGAAAGAUUGUUGGGCCUUCAGGCGGCACACCAUCUGCGUGGGGGCACUACAACAAAGUGCACCAAAUCCUCGGCGGCUACAAGUCCUUUAAUUUGGAAGCAAUAGUGGAGGAGAGUACAGGUUAG